CUCGACCUCCAACCUCCAGCACACAAUGGCCUCCGUCAUGCGUCCCGGUCUCCUCAGGCAAGCGUGCCCGCCAGUCCAGCAGUCGCAGCGCAUGCUGUCCACUGCGACAUCGACCAUGAACCGCCCGCUCGUCCAGCAACUUCGCCCGGCAUUCCAGCGCUCCGCCAUCCAAAAGUCCACGCGCAUUGCCGCCUUCCACGCUACCCAGCGCAACCAGAUCCUGCCGCCGCUGCCCCAGAAGAUCAUCGGAACCACCAACGACCCAGUCCCAGUGCCAGACCCCGACUACGCCCACGGCAGCUACCACUGGAGCUUCGAGAGGAUCGUCUCCGCUGGUCUGAUUCCCUUGACCAUUGCCCCCUUCGCGGCUGGAUCGCUGAACCCGCUCACCGACUCUAUUCUCUGCGCCCUUCUGGUCGUCCACUCGCACAUUGGCUUCGAGUCCUGCAUCAUCGACUACUUCCCCUCCAAGCGUGUUCCCAAGACUCGAACAGCCGCCAUGUGGGCUCUCCGCGCUGGAACUGUCGCUCUGGGUCUUGCCCUCUACUCUUUCGAGACAAACGAUGUUGGUAUCACCGAGGCCGUCGCGAGGUUGUGGCACGCAUAGAUAUAUAUUUUGGACCUGUAAUACAAAUGCAGAGGGACAUGUCUUUUUUGAUUCAACUACUGGACCACGGAGUAGAGUGAUUAUGUCAUUUCCCGUUUCUCUUGACUGACUGACUGCUCUUGUGAUGAGUAUCAGAACAGAGCUUGCAAAUAUUGAGAAUCAAGGUUGAUUCUAGUCGCUUGGAGCACUUUCCUGCUGAUAGUGGAAAUUUUGAUGCACUUAACGUAGGCUCAUGACUUGAAGGCUGGGGCUUUCUGGGGGCGAGUGCGUAAAUAAACCUACGAUUUCUGGCAAUAGAGCAAAAACGAUAGACAUUGGUUAGUGUACGCCUCUGGAAAAGCGAUCUUGUUCGACAGAG